AUGGAAAGCUGUUUAAAAUUACUACCAAAUAAAAGCUACAACAAGUAUAGCUUGCUGUUCCUUACUUUAUUUGUGUUAAUUGGUGUUGUUCUAAUCGGGAUAGCGACUGAUUUUCAUUCGAAAGCGACGUUACAAUGUAACCCAGACAAGACACUUGCGAGCGACUUAUCAACAAGGAAGUAUAUCGAAACACAGUGUCUUCUCAAAUACGCACAGGAAUUUUACCCUUCUUUGCCACUCCACAACCUAUUUAUGAUAAAUUUUGGACUUGUGCUCUUACUUAAUAUUAUCUACGCUUAUUCGGUGAAGGAACGUGUUGAAAUUUUUGCUGAUCCUCCGAGUACGGCUACGAAUGGCGGCGAAGAGGAAAGUCGGCCACUGUUGGGUAUAUCACGGGCUGCAUCGGACCCUAAGGCGUGCCGAAAUCCUGGUGGUCAUAUCAUUUUCACGGUUUACAUUAUGCAUUUGAUCUUUUGCCGUAUAGUACCAUUGGUAGUAUUUGCGACAUUCCUCCUAACUUCAUCACAUUUUCCAGUCCAAUAUGAUUGUCCUUGGCCAAAGCAAGUCACGAGUACUUCCCGCGGAAACUUUACACAAAAUCAAAGUAUGAACUUUUCAACUGUGGACUGUACUUAUCUUAUGGGUAGCAAUAAAGAAAAACUAGCUGCCACCGUUGUUACAAUAGAUUUAUUUUUUGGAGUAGUAGCAUUCAUGGAGCUUGCGUAUCUGUUGUGGUCAACAUGGAAAGAUCGUAAUCUAUUUAUUGACCUUGAGUUUUGUUGUGUUUACCUUUUGAGAAAGCGUAAAAGAAUCAGAAAGUUAAUGAAAAAGAUUAGAGAAAACAUAUCCGAUGAAAUAUUUUAUUUGCAUGAUGAUUUUGGUGAGAAACGUUUGUCACGUCGAAAACUGGAAGAGAUGUAUGUCAAUGUUAUAAUUCAGGAGGGAAGGGAAAGUACUUGUGCAAGAUGGUUUGAAGAUAGGCAAGAGGUAUACAAAAUAUAUUUUAAAGCACCAGCAGAUGCGACUACCCUUACGAAAAUGGCAGAUUUAUUUAAACCCACAGGUGCUUGCGAGAAACGUCCCAAAACUAUUCUUGUUGUGGGCAGACCAGGUAUUGGCAAAACUCUCCUGACGAAAAAACUGCUCUAUCAGUGGCAACAACAAAUAUCCAAAUUUUGGCAUAAUAAAAUAGUAAUCUUAAUUCGAUUUCGUGCUUUUAACAAGGGGCAAACAAGUCUUCGAAACAUGCUGAGCAAUUCCGAUGGACUUAAUAUGGCAUUAGCUGAUUUGAAUUAUAUCUAUGAAUACGUUUGUUUGAUACCAAGUGAUGUUAUUCUUAUUUUUGACGGGCUAGACGAACUAAACCUAAAGGUAGAUCGUGGGUUUUUAGCCAAUGAAUAUUCUAUAAAUAGUCCCGAUCAAGUUUCGCAUAUAUUCCAGAUUUUUAAAGAGUUAGUAAAAGGCACACUAUUGCCUGGAGUCACAUUAUUAACCACGUCUCGACCCACGGGAGAGCGUAUUUAUCAAGCCCUAGAAUUUGAUCGAGAGAUCGAGAUCUUGGGGUUUCAUGAGGAACAAAUCAAAGACUAUGUUGAAAAGUUUUGCCGUCAUGACAUCCAGAAACGUUCUGAGAUAUGGAACUUGAUCAAGGAGUCACCAGAGCUUUUAAGCUUAUGUUACAUACCUGUUAAUUCCUAUAUAGUGUGUUUAACAUUAAAGGAAAGCAUUGAAGUUGAAGGUCAGAGCAAUGUCCCAAGAACAAUUACGGAGUUGUACAAAAGAGCUAUAAAGAUUUUACUGUUCAGGCACCAUUUAGGAUACAAGGAUAAACCAACUCCAAAGAACUAUAUUACCGGAAAGCUUCCUGAACCGCUUCAAAACGACUUGAAUGCACUUAAUGGUAUUGCAAGAAACGGAAUGAUAGAAGACCAGUUAAUAUUCGAGUUUGAAAAUGAUGAUGAAUCUGCUUCUGAGCUGUCUGACUGUGGUUUAUUCAAUAAACUGGAAGACAAACGACAGAACAUUUUCUGUUUUCUUCAUCUGACUAUUCAAGAGUUUCUUGCAGCAUUACACGUAGUUGAUGAUAUGGAAAAUGUUGAACCAUUUUUAUCUGAGCACAUCAAGAUUCCCAAGUGGUAUUUAGUGAUCCAGUUUGUUGCUGGGUUAAUUGGAGAUAAAAUGAGAGAAUUGAAGGCACAAAGAAAUAAACUGCAAAGGUACGCCUGUUUAGUAGAUCAAUUAAAUAUUCUAUAG